AUAACCUUAGAUUAGAAAAUUAGAAAUUUAGCGUCAUAGGUGCUAUUUUUUAGGCACUUAAACAAAUAGUACUCAGUACUACAACCUGGAUUGCCGAAUAAAGGGAAGCGAAAACGACCAAACUUUCAGCCACAAGAAACCAUAGCUGCAUGCUGGGAAUAACGUAACGGAUAACGGAAUCUUUAAGCCAAUCAGAUCCAACUGCUGUGGCUUGUCCAGCCAAUCACGGCACGCCUCUCUUAAUCGUUGCCUCACCAGCAAACAUCAACCGCUAGCUACUUUAGCAUCAGGAGGAGAAGCUAACCCACGGAAACACAGACGCAUCUGUUCACCCUCUUUUGCUUAUGUGUGUUCGUUUGAUUUUUACCGAAGUUACCAGUCGUCUGAGUGACUGAAUCGAAAGCCCGGUGUAAGAUGCAGUUCAUGCUGUUGUUCAGCCGGCAGGGUAAGCUGCGGUUACAGAAAUGGUAUGUGCCUCUGUCAGACAAGGAGAGGAAGAAGAUCUCCAGAGACCUGGUCCAGACCAUAUUGGCCAGGAAACCCAAGAUGUGCAGCUUCUUGGAGUGGAGGGACCUUAAGAUUGUGUACAAGAGAUAUGCAAGUCUGUAUUUCUGCUGUGCAGUAGAGGAUCAGGAUAAUGAGCUGAUCACUCUGGAGAUCAUCCACAGAUAUGUGGAGCUACUGGACAAAUAUUUUGGCAGUGUGUGUGAGCUGGAUAUUAUCUUCAACUUUGAAAAGGCCUACUUUAUUCUGGAUGAGUUCCUGCUGGGCGGAGAGGCACAGGAGACGUCCAAGAAGAACGUGCUGAAGGCCAUCGAGCAGGCUGACCUGCUGCAGGAGGAGGCCGAGGCACCACGGAGCGUUUUAGAAGAAAUUGGGCUGACAUAAACCAUCACGCCGCUGCCUCGCAGUUCUUUCUUCCAGAUGUAGAUCUGGCAAUCUCCGUGUCUCUAUCCUGUCUUCUCCUGUUCACUGUGUCAGUGUUGUAUGUAUAUUAUCACCAUCUAUGUACUGUACUAUCCUGUAAUGUCUUUUCAGUGUGGUGCCAACUGUGGUUUUAAUGUGUCUCCUAAUGUACAAGCUCCCUCACUGUAUCCUGCAGCACUAUUAACAUACUUCACUCCCCCAACUUCUUAAAAGAGAACAAACAGAGAACAAUGUAGCGACGACAUGAAAACUCCAGCAUCAUAUUAAGAUCAUCCAUCAUCACUGAAUGCAGAGUUGUAUGUGCUUGUUUGGCUUCAAGGACUUUUUAAGGUGCUGUUGCAGCUGCAGUUGGUGCUUCUCGUGUGUAAUCAUUUGAGUCACAGAGCUAAGCAUCUUCUUUCAUGAAAGAAUGAAUACUAGGCGCACUUUGAAAAACCCAGAAGGUCGUUUAGCAAAACCUACAGUUGCUCUGGUUUUUCCACUUCCAAUUCUCAAAAGACCAGGUGGAGAAGACAUAUAUCCUUUUUGCUCUUUUUGCUAAACAGUAAAAUAUUACCACAUUAUUUUGUCUGUAAAUAUAGAAUACUGUAAAAACAAUCAAUAUAUAACAGUAUAACUAAUAACAAAUAUUCAAAGUUUGGUUCACGUACAAAUUGAGCAUGGAGCAAGAAGUUAAAGAUCUUUAAUGUGCAGUGGACAGAGUCUGAGAACUAGCAGGGCGUGUUGCUAAAUGGUCUUCUGGGUUUUUUAAAAGAUGAUCAAGAAUUUUUUUUUUUCUUUUUGAGGAUUUGAUGCUUAACUCUAUGACUCAAAUGUAAUGGUAAUACAUUACUGGGCACCAAAUGGGGCUACUGCUAUUGUAGGAAUCACUGACACUCUUACAAUCACUUCUACAUGGGUACAAUCAACCCACCAAUUAAGUGAAAUUAAACAAUUACCCAUAAUUAAUAUCAGUGUAAACAUUCAGUAGGUUUGUACAAGUUUGUUUGGCGUUUCCUCUCCAGAAAAUUAACCUUUUACAUAUUUCCUUCUCAAGACUAAAUGUUUAUUUUUACUUAACAGCUGUUUCAGUGUAAUUUGUGUCAUGUUUGUUAAAGCUGUUUUUCUGUUGUCUUCAUUUUUCUGACAACUGACUUAUUUUUCUGCUUGAGGUGUUUGUUUAUCAUUCAAGUUUGUCAUGGCCUCUGAAGAUAAAUCUUAGGUCAGUCUCUCCCUUAGUCUUAGGCAAGGAUAGGAUAGUGACCCAAAUAAAAGAAAUACUACUUCAUGUAUUAUUAUACUUUGGCUUACACUUAAAGAUUAACCUACGACCAAAGAACACUGUGUUUUACCUUCUCAAUGGUGUCUAUUGAAGGCUAACAUGGCAGAAAAGGGAUUUGGGAUGGAAGGAUGUUUGAGGAAAAAAAUGUAUGUGGGGAUUAUUUGGCCACAAUAUAUCAGUAUUAUGUAAUUAUUCCAAUCCAUGUAAAGACAGGUGUAUCCUGAGUUUCUUUAUGGAGUAGGAACAUGAACUGCACAUAUCAGGGUACAUCAUUAACAUUCAUCACGUCAGCUUGUUCACUUGUCAGUAAGAUGCAAGUAAACAAGUGAACAAGCUGCGAACAGAUGCUCAUUCCAAAUUGUAUGGCAGUCUAAUUUUUUUUAUCUGCACUCUUCAAACCACAAGGUGUUUUUGUUGAACAUCAAUCAGCAAAUAUUAAAGUUCAUCUUUGAUUUGUGCAAAAGAAAUCACUUACUUUUGUAUUAAACACUGCCAACACAUUUGCCAACAUUUUUUUUCUUAUAUUUGAAAGUUAUUAACAAUAAAUGUAUUCAAAAAGAAAA